UAUUCCAAUGCUAUAAUGAGUUUCGUUCUCCGUCCGUCAAAAUACACUAUAUUCAGCAACAUCCUGUUACGUGUUCAGAGACGUGGAGUUGCAACUUCACCCAUCGCCAUGGCACCCGGCAUUAGCGACACAAUCAAAAAAGAUCACCGGGAAAUUGAAUCCUAUUUCAACAAGAUCGUUACCUCCACAGACAAGGAUGAACAGACACGCUUCCAGAAUCUGUUCACCUGGGAACUAGCUCGACACUCUAUUGGAGAAGAGCUCGUUGUUUAUCCUCUUUUCGAGAAGCUUCUCCCCGGUGGCAUCGAAAUGGCAAACAAGGACCGUAAUGAGCAUUUGACAGUUAAAAAGCAACUAAAGGCGUUCCAGAAUAUGGGAGCUUCGGACACGCAGUUUAUUCCUACUAUUAAGGAGCUUAUGGAUAAUCUUUCCGAGCACAUCAAAGAGGAGGAGAGAAACGAUUUGCCUAAGCUAGAAGAGGCCUUAUCGCAAGAGGAUAGUGAGGGCUAUGCUAAGAGCUUUGGCCGAACGAAGAUGUUCGUCCCUUCGCGUUCUCACCCUAGUGCACCAGACAAGCCACCGUACGAGACAGCUGUGGGGCUUCUAACGGCGCCAAUUGAUCAUCUCGCCGACCUGUUCCGUAAGUGGCCUGAUACCGCCGGGAUGCCCAAUCCAUCUACGAAGUAAAUUUACGCUAGUAUGAGCCUUACCAGCUGUAUGUAUUUUACUGGAAUCAAGCUUCGGAAUUUGUUUACUAGUAAUAAUAUUUGGUUUUUAUUGUCGUAUACUUCAUACGUGAACC